AGGGCUUUACAACUAGAAGCCCAUUCAUUCUGUCUCUCGCCGACCGCCGUCGCUCAGCAUUGUGUUGUUUGGUCCCUCUCGGCUCUCCCUCUCCCUCUGGAAGCUCUCGAUUUUCUGUGGCUUCUUCUCCAUUGAAAAGCAGAGCAGAGCUCUCUUUCGAAAGGUUUUCCACAAAGAUGAUAAAGCGGAGAUUCUACAAGCUUGAACAUGUCGACAGGAACAACGAGGCCUCUGAUUCUUCUUCUUCAUCGUCGUCGUCGUCUUCCUUCGCGGACUUCGAAGCUGAAGCGGAAGCCGGCGAUCAAGAAUUCGAAGGUGACUAUGGCAUUUCCGGUGCCGCCGACGGCGAACCUUGCUCCACCUCUUCUGGUUACGAAAGUGAGGAUAGCUCCGGCAAUGAGGUUGAUGUCGAUUCCUCCGGUCUUCCGAUAGAUGAAGAAGAUUCUGAAACUGGAAAGGAAAGGGAAAUUCCUAUUGAUGGCCAGUCCAAUAUGGAGGAAAAGGAAUUGCCAUCAGCAGAUUUUCCAGCAUGUAUCUUAAAGAGCAAAUCGGUUUUUAAGUGCAGGAUAUGCCCUCGAAUUGUCUGCUUGAAUGAGGAAACUUUGAGGGCUCAUCUUAAGUCCAAGAGGCAUGCUCGAUCAGAGAAAUUAUUGAAUGGUGGUAGGCUGAAGGCUACGCUCAAUAGUGAUGGGGAAAUCGACAACGAAGACACACCGGUAAAGCAGGAUGCUAAAAUAGCAGCUAAAUCACAGGACCCAAACAAGGUGAAAGGAGGCAGGCAGAGGCAACAUCGUCGAAGACAGAACAAGUUAAAAAAGAAGAAAGUUGGACAUGAGUCUGAUGUGGUAAAGACUAGGCCAACAAAAGAGAGCCCAGCCAAGAAAAGGCGUAAGCAUGACAAGUGAAGGAUCGUAUUUUGGUUGCUAUACAAGAAUAUGCAAAUAGGGAGAAAUGAAGGAAAAAAAGUGUUUGCCAACAUGUAUGAAGACAUGAAUCCUCUAAAAGAUUGUUUGUUGCUGAGAGUGAUGUGGUUAAAUGAUGACUUGAAAGUUCUUCCUUUCUGUUGUGUUGUUUUGUUGUUUUUCAAGUUUUUUGUCCCGUUGGGUUUUUCCUUCCAGAUGAAGGUACUGUGUUUCUUCUUUAUGCUGUUCCCUGAAUAGCAACAAUUUUGGUAUCAAUUUUGAUUGCUUGCUUUGGUUCCAACCAUUU